AUGUCGCUUGUCCUAACCACAGAUUGGCCAACGGGGGCAGCUGGCGAGGAACUGUCAGGCGCCUACCGCCAUCCCUUUCACGACCGAAGCGACGCUUGGGAUGAUUGGAUCGAGGACCGCCCCGUCCCAGCGAACGAGCGCAACAUGUGCGCCCUCUCCGCCGUUCUUCGCUCGAAGCCUCAGUGGUGGACCAAGUACACGGACCCGGAGAUUCGCGCUCGGUGGAAGUCUGAAGCUGUCGGCGCACCUGUUCCUUACGGCGAUAUCUCACUGAAGGAGGAGGAAGUCGAGUAUGUGCUCGAAGAGCUUGCACAUUAUGCUGCGACGCGUGAUCCUGUGACAGGCGUAGAGGCCUCGAUUUCUGCACGCAUCUGGCAAUCGGAUAGCCUUGUGGACGAUGACCUACGCAACGAGCUCCUGUCAUGCGUUGUGAAGCUCGAGGACGUACCUGAAGAUCAAAAGGACUGGCACCCCAGGGCGAAUGGACAAGUUCUAGAUCUCGUCCACCCGUCCCUAUACCCCGGCGUCUACGGUCACACUGUAGUCCAACCCUAUCCUCUAUCGCAAGAGCCGCGAGCCGUCCCGCGCCCUCAGUACGCUGUAGACCCCGCUACUAUCGAGGUGCCCGAUAAUCCUGGCCAUCACCUAUCGAAGGACUAUCCCGAGAUGGUCAGCCCCACGUUUGUCUCGCAACGCUUCCAAUGGUUGCCUACAGACUUCGUCAUAUCCGAAGACGGGAGGUCCGCGCACGCUCUUGGGUACAUCAACAACCUUGAACCACGUACUCAUGCAAGCACCUAUCCAGUCCUGGAGAAACUGGUUGCUCGUUUCGUGCCAUUGUGGGAGCGUGUGUUAGGAGAAAGUGCAGCAGGUUACUUCCUACCCUCACGUGUGGGGAGCGGCUACGAGAAGCGUGAGCUUCGGGACUGGACCGAAGAUGACGGCAACGAUGGGCCUCCUUUUGAGAUUAUCCUCCCCAGUCUACGUGGUCCAUGGCAAGGGCACCCCGCUCCUCCCACUGUGAACCUUAAGGGGCGGACACUGCAAGUCAUCAUUAAACUGGCAAACAUAUAUCUGACACCUGAGAAGCCUGAGUAUGCUGGCGGUUCAUGGCACGUCGAGGGGAUGGUCAACGAGGCUAUCGUCAGCACUGGCAUAUACUACUACGACGAGGCCAACGUCACAGAGAGCCGCCUGGCAUUCCGCGCUGCUGUGAAUUCUCCUGAUGUUGACCAAGACGACAACGCUGGGGCGAUGGCAACGUUUGGGCUGGAGAGAGACGAUGCUCUUGUGCAGGCGCUCGGUGCCGUCGUGACGAAGGCCGGGCGUUCAAUCGCAUUUCCCAACAUAUACCAGCACCAGGUUCAGCCGUUCGCUCUCGCAGAUCCCUCCCAGCCGGGUCACCGCAAGAUACUCGCGCUCUUCCUUGUGGACCCAAGCCUCGAGCACCCGCGACCUUCCACGACGUAUGUGCCUCCUCAGCAGCGCGAAUGGAUGUACACCACCAUACGCGCUCUCGCCACAUCACCUGACUCGCGCUUGUCGAGGUUGCCUCUCGAGCUGCUCGAUGCUGUCGUGGACAAUAUUGAAGGGCUUAUGGAUCGUGCGGAGGCAGAGGCGCUAAGGCUGGAACUCAUGGAUGAGCGGACUGAGAUGACGGGCGAUAAUGCGAACCAGGUGUUUGAGGUCCCGUUCAAUAUGUGCGAGCACUAG